CAUGUGGGCCAACCAGUCAAGUGUCACUCAACUUCCUCCUGGGGGCUGACUUAGAACAGGAAGCAUCAGGCCGGGGCCUCAGCUGCUGUAUUCUCUAGACACCACCACAGAGCCAGCUGGCAAGAAGCAGGCAAAGACACAUCCGGUCAUCCACACUCACAGUGGAGCCUUCCUGGGACGAAGAGGGGACAUGCUGGGCCCGCACUCACUGCUGCUUGCUGUAGCUGGACUGCUCUCCCUGGGAUCUGCCAUGUCCCAGGAGUGCACAAGGUACAAAGCCAGCAACUGCCGGGAUUGUAUCCAGUCGGGACCAGGCUGCGCAUGGUGCCAGAAGCUGAACUUCACUGGGCCAGGGGAGCCUGACUCCUUGCGCUGUGACACACGGGCACAGCUGGUGCUGAAGGGCUGCCCAGCCGAUGACAUAAUGGAUCCAAGGAGCCUUGCUGAACCCCAGUAUGAGCAACGGGGUAAACAGAAGCAGCUCUCUCCACAAAAAGUGACACUUUACUUGCGACCAGGGCAGGUGGCUGCAUUCAAUGUGACCUUCCGGCGGGCCAAGGGCUACCCCAUUGACCUGUACUACCUCAUGGACCUGUCCUACUCCAUGCUAGAUGACCUCAACAAUGUCAAGAAGCUGGGUGACGACCUGCUGCGAGCCCUCAAUGAGAUCACUGAGUCUGGCCGCAUCGGCUUUGGGUCCUUCGUGGACAAGACAGUGCUGCCCUUCGUCAACACACAUCCUGAGAAGCUGAGGAACCCAUGUCCCAACAAGGAAAAAGCCUGCCAGCCCCCGUUUGCUUUUCGGCACGUGUUGAAGUUAACGGACAACUCCAACCAGUUUCAGAGAGAGGUCGGCAAGCAACUGAUUUCCGGGAACCUGGAUGCCCCUGAGGGUGGCUUGGAUGCCAUAAUGCAAGUUGCUGCAUGCCAGGAGGAAAUUGGCUGGCGCAAUGUCACGAGGCUACUGGUAUUUGCCACAGAUGAUGGCUUCCACUUUGCUGGUGAUGGGAAGCUCGGUGCCAUCCUGACCCCCAAUGAUGGCCACUGCCACCUGGAGGAUAACAUGUACAAGAGGAGCAAUGAGUUCGACUACCCAUCGGUGGGCCAGCUGGCGCACAAGCUGUCUGAGAGCAAUAUCCAGCCCAUUUUUGCGGUGACAAAGAAGAUGGUGGAAACCUAUGAGAAACUCACAGAGAUCAUCCCCAAGUCAGCCGUGGGGGAGCUGUCAGAAGACUCCAGCAACGUGGUGCAGCUCAUCAAGAAUGCCUAUUACAAACUUUCCUCCAGGGUCUUCCUGAACCACCACACCCUCCCGGACACCCUGAAAGUCACCUAUGACUCCUUCUGUGGUAAUGGAGCAUCAAGUAUAGGCCAAUUCCGAGGGGACUGUGAUGGCGUGCAGAUCAACAUCCCGGUCACCUUCCAGGUAAAAGUCACGGCCUCCGAGUGCAUCCAGCCACAGUCCUUUGUCAUCCGGGCACUGGGCUUUACUGAUACAGUGACCGUGCAGGUCCUUCCCCUGUGCGAGUGCCGGUGCCAGGACCAGAGUCAGGAGCAGAGUCUCUGUAGAGGCAAGGGUACCAUGGAGUGUGGCAUCUGCAGGUGUGAGUCUGGCUACAUUGGGAAAAACUGUGAGUGCCAGACACAGGGCCGGAGCGGUCAGGAGCUGGAAGGAAGCUGCCGGAAGGACAACAGCUCCAUCGUGUGUUCAGGGCUGGGGGAUUGCAUCUGUGGGCAGUGUGUGUGCCACACCAGUGACAUCCCCAACAAAGAGAUCUUUGGGCAGUACUGCGAGUGUGACAAUGUCAACUGUGAGAGAUAUGAUGGCCAAGUCUGCGGUGGCGAAGAGAGGGGCUCCUGCUCCUGUGGCAAAUGCAGUUGCAAGGAUGGCUUCGAGGGCCCAGCCUGCCAGUGCCGCAGGAGCACCGAGGGGUGUCUGAAUGCACGGCUGGUGGAGUGCAGUGGCCGCGGCCGGUGCAGUUGCAACAGGUGCCUGUGUGAGGGAAACUACCAGCCACCGCUGUGUGAGGACUGUCCCGGCUGCCCCUCACCAUGCAGCAAGUACAUCUUUUGUGCCGAGUGCCUGAAAUUUGGUAAGGGCCCUUUUGAGAAGAACUGCAGUGUGGCCUGUGCCAAUGUGACGCUGCAGUCCACCCCUUUGAAAAGAACGCCCUGCAAGGAGAGGGACUCUGAGGGCUGCUGGAUGACGUACACCCUACAGCAGAAGGACGGAUGGGACAUGUACAACAUCCAUGUGGAGGACAGCCGAGAGUGUGCGAAAGGCCCCAACGUGGCUGCUAUUGUAGGGGGCACUGUGGUAGGCGUCGUAUUGAUCGGUGUCCUCCUCCUGGUCAUCUGGAAGGCCCUGACCCACCUGACUGACCUCAGGGAAUACAGACGCUUUGAGAAGGAGAAGCUCAAAUCCCAAUGGAACAACGACAACCCCCUCUUCAAGAGUGCUACGACAACAGUCAUGAACCCUAAGUUUGCUGAAAGCUAGGGCACAAGGUGUCAGGAUCAUGCAGAUGAGACCCUCUGACCACGCCUCCUUCCCUCUGCAACCACCAUGUGGCUUACAGCUCACCACAGCGCUGCCAAGGAUCCAAAGGCCCACUCUAUUUCUUUCCGCCUUUAUGUCAAGGCUGCCAGGUUUUCCACAGAGUCCUCUUCGGACCUGCACAAUCUUGC